CUGCUGCUGCACACCUUCCACCGCCUCCACUUCUCUGGACACUUGGGCCCUGGGAAGAACCAAGAACCAUGAAGUGGCUGCUGCUGCUCAGCUUGGUGGCACUCUCUGAGUGUGUCAUCCACAAGGUUCCCCUGGUCCGAAAGCGGUCCCUGCGUCACAACCUGAUCCAGCAUGGCCUGCUGAAGGACUUUCUGAAGAAGCACAGCUACAACCCGGCCAGCAAGUACAUCAAGGAGGUCGCCGACAUGUCGGCCACCGAGCCCCUUGAGAACUACAUGGACAUGGAGUACUUUGGCAACAUCAGCAUCGGAACACCCCCUCAGGAGUUCACCGUCAUCUUUGACACCGGCUCCUCCAACCUGUGGGUGCCCUCCGUCUACUGCUCCAGUCUGGCCUGCUUGGACCACAACCUCUUCAACCCUCAAGCGUCCUCCACCUACCAGGCCACCAGCGAGACAGUCUCCAUUGCCUAUGGCACCGGCAGCAUGACAGGCAUCCUCGGAUACGACACUGUCCAGGUCGGAAGCAUCUCUGACACCAACCAGAUCUUCGGCCUGAGUGAGACAGAGCCCGGCUCCUUCCUGUUCUAUGCUCCCUUUGACGGCAUCCUGGGCCUGGCCUUCCCCAGCAUCUCCUCCUCCGGGGCCACGCCUGUCUUUGACAACAUAUGGGACCAGGGUCUGGUUUCCCAAGACCUCUUCUCCGUCUACCUGAGCUCCAACGACGAGAGUGAAAGCGUGGUGAUGUUUGGCGGCAUCGAUUCUUCCUACUACACCGGGAGCUUGAACUGGGUGCCUCUUUCCGCUGAGACUUACUGGCAGAUCACCGUGGACAGCGUCACCAUGAACGGCAAGACCAUCGCGUGCAGUGGAAGCUGCCAGGCCAUUAUUGACACCGGUACCUCUCUGCUGGCUGGCCCCACCAAUGCCAUUGCCAACAUCCAGAGCGCCAUCGGAGCCAGCGAGUCAGACGACCAGGUGGUGGUCAGCUGCUCGGCCGUCAGCGACCUGCCCAACAUCGUUUUCACCAUCAACGGCAACCAGUACCCGCUGCCCUCCAGCGCCUACAUCCUGCAGAGCGACGAUGAAUGUGUCAGCGGCUUCCAGGGCAUGGACCUCCCCACCUCCUCCGGAGACCUCUGGAUCCUGGGCGAUGUCUUCAUCCGCCAGUACUUCACUGUCUUUGACAGGGCCAACAACCAGGUCGGCCUGGCCCCCGUGGCCUAAGCCCGAGUCUUUCUGGCUCCUUCCUGGGAAGAUCCGGCCCCUGCUGCGUUCCCAUUCUAGGUGUACAUAAUUCUCCCCGCUGGCCUGCCCGCGAAAUUGUGGAGGUGGAAUCCUGGUCCUGUCCCCUGCAAUACCAAUAAUGUAGAAUAAAAACAUGACCUCUUGAAAAAAC